AUGUCCAUGGCCGAGUGGUCUGCCAGCCCGGCGGUGAAGCAGGAACUCUGCCAGCUUCGUGCCGGGCUCACCGACUCGAAGGCACGGCACCUGGACACAGCUCUGCUUCUGGAGCGGCUGUCAGGCCAAAAUGCUGCGCUGCGCCUGCAGCUCCGAGAGGGCCGAGAGGCUCCGCCGGAGGCCCCCUACGCCACUCGCGCGCACGUCCAGGUCUUGUCCAACUUCCAGCAGGUGCAGAUCUCGCGCUCGGGAGGUAGAGAAGCGACGCAGCGCCGACGCCCCAAGACAGGGGCCAAAAUGGGGUCUGUACGUCGGCUGACUCCCCUCUAUUCAGAUCUCUUUGGAGCCUCGUCGCAGGAUGGGCAAGACGCGCACAAAGCAAGCGAGGCCACAGAUGUGGCACAGCUGAGAAGCGAGCUUGCUUCUCUGCGAACAUGGGCGAAGCAGGUGCGGCUGGAGCAUGCAGCAGAGCAGGCCACAGCGGUUGCAGAGGCUUCCUCUCACUUCCUUCAGGCGCGAAUGAACGCUGACAAGCACACCGCCCAUGGGGAGACAGCAGACCAGCUUCGACAUGAAUUGCAGCGAGAAGUUGAGGCAGCCCAUCUGCUCCACAAGGAGGAAAUCCGAGUCGCCACAGCUGAGCUUUCUGCACAACACACCUCGAACGAGUUGCGGGAGGAGUUGGCGGCUGCCGAGGUCUGCCGACAGUCCUGUGAGGAGAGUCGGCACAAAGCUCGCCUGGAGGAGGAGGAGCUUGAGGCGAUCUCGACACUGCUCAGAACCGAAGUGAUCCAAUCGGAAAAGGCGAUGCAUGUGGCGCGCAUGGAGAACCAAGUGAGGUGCCAGCAAGUCAAGGACCUGCGCCAGAAAGAGGCAGAGGAGCAGCAAGAGUACAACUCUUUGGCUUCCGAUCGCGAUCGCUGGCGCGUGUGCUCCGCGAGCAUGGGCGAGAAUUAUCAUCGAGAAGUCCUCGCUGCACAGCUCGAGCUAUCUGUGCGCAACCAGGAAGAGAGCCAGGCAUGCGCUGAGCUGCGGUCGGAGCUCACUGCGGCAGAGGCUGAGGUCAAUCCGCUCCGGACCAAGCUCCAAGAGGUAUCGGGCGAGAAUUCAUCGUUGUUGCAUGAAGGACGCUCUCUGAGGGAGCAAUUGGUGGAGUCUUUGCGAGAGGCCUCACGCAAUGGGGACCGACUCCUCGUGUCAUGGGAGAGGUGCAGAGCCGCCAGCGAGGAGGUCUCCUGUCUCAAAGCCGAGUUGGCCCAAGCUCGCGAGGAGGUCGCCGAGGUGGCGGAGGCGCUCGUGGAAGAGCAGUCCCAGGCGUCCGACCUGCGCUGCCGCCUGCGCAAGUCCGGACUUAUGCCAGCACUUGCUGAAGGAACUCCAGAUCGUGAACGCGAGGCCGUGUGCAAAUCUCCACCACUCUGGAGCCCUGCACAAGAUUUGUGGCCGAAGGUGCCCUCCAGUCCUGCAAGCAGCUGGCAGCCCCCUUGUUCGCCGGAGUUCCUUUCACCCAAGCGAGAACGCUUGUCUUGCAAUGCCAUGGCACACGGCUCGUUGAGUGAGAGCGACGUCAAGGCUGCCCUCGUUGCUGGCACGGCGGCAGCCUUGGGGUUCGUUGCCGGCCUCCAACUGGCUUGGGUCCGCUUGUCGCCGCGAGUAAGACGGAGACUGCACCGUGAGAAAAACCACAAUGGCCAGGGGGAGAGCAAUGGGGAUAGGACCGCACCGUUGGGGGUUGUUUGCGAAUGUGGAGCUAUUAUCCAGGGCAAGUGCACUCCUGAGGAAAUUGCCAGACAUAAAGCCUCGAACCGCCACAAGCGCAACAUGCUGCGGCACAGCAGCAGGGAGCAGCAUUGUGGUUCAGAUGGCAAGUGCAAGUUACUCCUAACAUUAGCUUCUAGAUUCGGUCUCCUACCGGGCCGCUGCAACUCGUGGAUGGACGAGGUGACUGGUUUUCGGAGUGCCUUCUUCAUUGACACUGCUUCGAGGCUACUCUCUCCAGGUGGACAGUCGCGCCGCCUGGCGUGGUGGACGAAGGCCUUGCUGCUUUGUGCCAACGUUCCUCUCGCGGCUGGGACUUGCAAGGGCGGCGCCCGUUGCAACUCCGUUCUGCUAUGCACGGUGAUCUUCGUGAUCCGGGUGAUGUUCCAGAUGACUUGGUUCUGGUCACGCGGAAUUCCCUGGAAGGAGGUGGUUUUUGAGGCAGGUUGUGUGAUCCCGAUCUCCAUCGUCUCCAUGGCAAAGGGCGCAGCUACGCGCACAUCCCACAUCGACUCAUCCGGAUUUUGGGGCCUUCUUGCAUUCUUGCUGGGGUCCUGGCUGAAUCUGUAUCCAGAGUGGCAGCGACAUGUGUGGAAGCGGCAAUCAUGCCAUCAAGGCCGUUUGUACACGGAGGGAUUGUUUUCCCUGGCGCGACACAUCAAUUACACCGGGGAGAUUUUGUCUUUCAUCGGCUUCUCCCUCGUCACUGGCGCCUUUUGGACAAUGUGGGUGCCGGCCGCCAUGGCGCUCGGAAUGUGCACAUUGAGCAUCCGCGAGAUUGAGUUUUACCUGAGUCAGAAGUACAAGGAGGAUUGGCCCACCUAUGUUGAGGCAGUUCCAUGGCUGAUGAUCCCUGGCAUCUUCUAG